AAAGUGAUUACGAGGAAUAAGGAUUUCUUACGAAGUAUGACUCUUCUCUAAAGAUGGCUUUAGGCCAUGCCGGGUCGUGCCUCGUGCCAGACCCACGUGCUUUGGGAUUAGUUAGGCCCAGCCCAUGACUCGACCCACGAGUUUCGUGACGUGUCAUGCCGGGCCGAAGUUUUCAAAAAGUUGGCCCAUGCACAGCCCAGACCUACAUGCCAUCGUGCCGGGCUUACAUGCCUAAUCAAAAUUGCAUUGAUUUUAGCAUGCUUUGUCGUGCUGUACCUUAUCGUGCUUCUCCCAAAUAAAGGCAGCCCAACCCUGGCCCAAGGCACACACACAGUACCGUGCCGUGCUUUUUUGUGCCCAUGCCGUGUCAUGAUUUUUUCGUACUAGGCCGUACUGGGCUUCGAGCGGCCGGGCCGGGUGCCAUCUUUAUUCUUCUUCCUAAAAAAAAAAGAAAAAGAAAAAGAAAAAAUGCUCGUAUCUCCUCUGUAUUACAAACUUCCACUGCAAUAAUAAGAAGCUAAUCAUCGUUUCAACUUUCAAGUGUGAGAUAAGAGAGAGAUGGAAUUAGCAAGUAGAGCAAUGAACAUCGUCAACAGAUUGAUAAACAGCAAUACUUUCGUCAACAUUUGUUUACUGGGUUCUUUCACAGCUCUUGGGGUCAGGUCUAUGAGCCAAGAAAACUUAAUUGAAGCCCUAGAAUCCGAGAAACAAGCUAUUGCAAACUCCAACAAAGCUAUGAAAAAAUCAAUUUGGGAUUGGAAACAGAAGCUUUACGCUGAUGCUUCUUCCCCUGAAACCGCCAUUGUUCCUCUUUCUCGCCUUAAAGCCAUCUAUGGUGAAGUUGUCGCCGUCCCUUCUGAUGCAGAGGAAGCAGCAGAACCAUCAACUAAGCUUCUUAUCUGAAAUUGCACUUGUGCAAAUGUUAGCUGAGUUGUCGGGAGCAACAUUUUAAUUCAUAGGAGAUGGGGAUUUUGAAUUCCUGUAAUCAAGGCUGCCAAGUAUGCACAACGAUACUUUUCGUUUGUUGGGUUGCUGAUAUGAGGGAUUUUUGUAUAAUUUGGAAAACUUGAUCUUUGUGCAAAGAUACAGGAUUUGGCUGUAUUUCUUAAGGAUUAGGUUAAUCUUCCAUAUAUUAUACCAAUGAGAACUUUUAACGAUGGUAUCACAUUCA